GUCUGUUUCAGGUCUGAAGGAGGAAGUUGUUUGAUUAGUUGCAGCAGGAAGCCAUCAGAGCUCCACCAUGACCGUCCAUCACGCUUUGUUCUUUUUCUUCCUCCUCUCUCUGCAGGUCAGAGGCAGCAGAGCCGUCCAAGCAUUGACACAUUAUGGAGAAUCUGGAGGAAACUUCUCGUUUCAAUGCCCCUUUCUCUCUUCUGGAACCUUGAAGAUCUUCUGCAGGGAGAACUGUGAAGGAGAAAACCUCCUCAUUAGAACAAGUGAUAAGACGGCUCAGAAUGGACGAUACAGAACCGAAUAUGUCCAAGAAGCUUCUAGAACCUACUCAGUUCUGUCUGUGAGCAUCUCAGGGCUGAACCAGUCUGACUCAGGUCUGUACAGAUGUGGUUUAGGCGACUCUUCAUCAUCAGCUUCAUACAAGGACUUCAGACUUGUUGUUGUAGACGCUCUGCUGGAUGGAAACAAAGAUCAUCACGUCUAUAAAGAAGCUGGCAGCUCGCUCACAGUCGCCUGUUCCUUUGGUUCCUCUGGAAGAACCAAAUCCUUCUGCAGAGGAGGACCUGGAGAAGAAGGGUUUCUUUUUCAGAUAAGUGGAGGCAGAGCUGAAGGAGGCAGAUACAGUUUAGAAUAUGAUGAACAGCCUUCAGGAGGAGUUCUGUUGGUGACCAUCAGCCAGCUGACCCAGUCUGACUCAGGACGGUACCGAUGUAAACUGGACAGAACUGGUUCAACUAGUUUAUACAGAGACUUUCAUGUCACCUUCAGAGAUGCAGUCGACCCAUCAGUCUCCACUCCACCAACCACCGUCAGCAUCAGGUCCAGUUCAGGAAGCUUCACACCUUCAGCUUCUUCUAAAACCACCAAUGUGACUCAGGACAACACUGCAACAUCUAAAGGUGCAUCCAACCACAGUGUCCUGAUGUUUGUGGGUCUGACUCUGCUCAUCAUCGCCAUCCUGAUAUCAGUGGUUCUGUUGGUUUUCUGCACAAAGCGACGCAAUAAACGUCAUGAAGGUUUGCGGAGGAGAGGAACAGAUGGAGCAAUGAUGGAGAACAUCGUCCAGGAGAACGUAUCUUCUCAGGACUCGACCUACCAGAGUCUAAGUCCUGCAGGCAGAGACCAGAACCAGAUCUACUCCACACUCACACAACCCAAAUGAGAGCCUGGACUCAGACCUGGACCCAGUUCUGGACCUCAGGGUUGCAGUUUGUUCAGUGAGGCUGAAACAAGAAGAAAUGCUGGUCUUUGUUCUAUUGAUGAUAAAUUGUUUAAAUGUUUGAAUUAAAGAGUUAAAUACCAAA